AUGGAUAUUAUCAUUGUGAUAAAUGAGGCAUUAUUCGUUCUCUUUUUAAAUAAUAGUAACGCAUUUUUAUAAGUCAAAAUGGAUUUAACCAAAAUCACAAAGAGAGUCUUAAUGAUUCUUUAUGCAUUUCCUGCUCUUGCUACUUUAAUCGUUGUUUUCUAUUCAAACAAGACUAAUUACAGACCUAUGCUCAAAGUUUUCAGUAUUUUUAUUGUAAUUCAUUAUAUGUUUACUUUGAUUGAUAUUUAAAUUAGAAUGCAAUGA